CACCCGGACCACCCCACCUUCGCUCCGCAGCCGCAGCAACCACCUCCUCCUCUCGCCGCCGCCACCGCAAGUACAGCGCAGCCGCGUCGCCUCGCCGCCUUCGAUCCCCUCCCGAGGCUAAAGCGCCAGCGCAUACCCCCCGAAUGGCGGCGGCGAGGAGUCUGAUUCUGGGGCACCUCCGCUUGGCGGCGGCCCCGUCGUCAGCGGCGUCUCUCAGGCCGGCUGCCGCGCUGCAGGAGGCCCUGUGGGGGCGGCGAUGGAUGUCAUCAGAAGAGGCAAAGGGGUCGUUCCUGGACAAAAGCGAAGUCACGGACCGCAUCAUCAAGGUCGUCAGGAACUUCCAGAAGAUUGACGACCCCUCCAAGGUGACACCAGAUGCCCAUUUCAAGAAUGAUCUUGGCCUAGACAGCUUGGAUGCAGUGGAGGUUGUCAUGGCCCUGGAAGAGGAAUUCGGAUUCGAGAUACCUGACAAUGAAGCUGACAAAAUCGACUCCGUCAAAGUUGCAGUUGAGUUCAUUGCCUCACACCCGCAAGCGAAAUGAUCAGACAAUUUGCCUUCUGUAGUCUUUAAGGUUUUUAUGAAGAAGAGUUUGGCUUAAUGAUGAGCACUGUUGUGACCGUUUCACCAUUUUACUGUUGCAACGAUCCUUUCUGGAACGUUUUCUGCUACCAUGGGUUAUUCUUCACUAAAUAAGAUGAUAAUUUAGUCCUGAGAAGGAACUUGGAUGGGGCUUUCCCCUCUCACCAAAGA